AUGGUUUUCAGGUUAAGUUCAUAUCAACCGACUGUCUUUGAACAAGUCAUACCUCAUACACAUUGCUCCCUACAAGUUGCGAAACAAACCUAUUAUCAUUAUUUCCCAGUGUUUAUGACAUUGUUCUGUUUUCGCGCAAUCCUCACCACCCGCAAACCCCAAUCACGCUUCAUUCUGCCAGACGCCGUUUUGGCACAGUCAAGACUUGUACGCAACGAACGAGAUUUAAAUAGAAGCGCGGGGCUCUUCCCAGUAACGGAAUGGACGGCGUUCCUGUAUUGCAUUAGAAAAUUAUCAAUCCCACGGUCCAAUUCCACAAAAGUAGUAGGAAAGUGUACAAUAAUGGCAGACUUUAGUGUUCGGACAAAAUUUUCGGCAGGGCCAUUCGGCUGGGGAGGUCGCGGAGCAGUAAGCAGAUGUCGACAUCCAAGACCCUUCAACCAUUCCUCGAGGAAUUUUGCAUCAGGUGCAAAGGAUAAGUUGGAUAAAGAGAUGGCGCUAAUGCAUAGGGCCAACAGAGCACCUUAUGCAUUAAACUUUGGGAAAGGCAAGCCGAAAUUGCAGCAGAAAACCAAGCUGACCAAAUUAGAGCGCAAAUUCAUCGGGUACAAAAGAACUCGUCCCAUAAACGAGAAGUGA